UUCCGCUGUAUCUCAAAUUCUUUGAUCUAAAGGAGUAAAAUGUCACUGUGACUGUAUCGGUGUUUGUUUACAAAUAAGUGAGAGCGUAUUUUGAAAUCUUGAUGGGAUCGUAUAGGAUCAGACGUCUAGGUUUAGAGGAAAAAUGUUGUUAAAAUGCUUGAAAGACAAAAUUUACUAUCAUGUAAGGAUGUAUUAGCUUUAACGCCAUUAGAAUUUCAAACUUUGCUCGGUAUAGACCGCAGAAAAGCUGAAAAGCUGUUAGAUAAAAUUAGCAAAAAAUGUGUUUCACAUCCUGAAACAGUUUUCCAGCUGUGUUCAAAUCAAAAUAAAGCCUCAAAUGAAUUUUUUUCAUUAUCAUUGAAUUCACUAGAUCUGUUAUUGCAAGGAGGCUUACCUUUUGGAAGCAUAUCAGAGAUUACUGGUCCACCUGGAGUAGGAAAAACUCAGUUUUGCUUUAUGCUAAGUAUGAUAGCAACAUUACCUGUUUCAUUAGGAGGUGCAGAUGGUGAAGUUUUAUAUAUUGAUACUGAAUCUACAUUUUCUGCUGAGAGGAUUGUUGCUAUGGCAAGGAAACGAUUCCCUCAAAUUUUUAAACAAAAUAAAGAAAUAGAAUUAUUCCUUCAGAAAAUUUCAGUUCAUAAAGCUACUUCUGUUAGUGCAUUAAAAGAUAUUGUUUCUAAUAUUGAAAAGGAUGUCAUUCAGAAAAAUGUCAAGUUAAUAAUUGUGGAUUCCAUUGCUUCAUUGUUAAGAAAAGAAUAUGGAGCAGCCAGUAUUGAAAGCAUUAUGGAAAGAAAUAAUAUAUUACUAGAGCAGGCAGCUAUUUUAAAAGAUUUGGCUCAAACUUAUAAGAUUGUUGUAAGUUACAUGGCAAAUUUUAAUUUAAUACCAGUUUGUUUUUAAGAGCAUUUACAAAUG